AUGGAAUUCUUAUUAUGGGGAGAACCAAUAAAUUGGAAAUCAAAAUAUAAAAUUUAUAUCUAUAAUUUAAGUAUUGCAAUUUCACAUAAAAUUUGGCAUAUCGAUUGGAUUAAUUUGUCAAAUAAAACAAAAAAAGAUCUUACAAUUAUAAUGAUACGUGGUACUAAACCAAUAAAAAUGACUGGUUCUUUUGUUAUUGAAAUGUCAUUAGCUACAUUUGUUAAAGUUGGUCUUGAAAUCGAGUUAUUCAGUGUAUAA